AUGGUCAAUCCAGAGCUGCGCCGGCAAGUCAUAAAUGUCUACAAGGGUAUGUCGGCACACUCAGGAGUGACGUUGAGUGUGUUGGAAUGGUCUCGUGAGCCUCGGGCUAACAACAGCAAAGAACUCUUAUUCCUAGGGCGUGAAUAUCCUCUAGGGUAUCAGUACUUCAGAGAUCGAUUGCACCGCGCAUUUACGAGCCAAGCUCAGAUUACGGACGAUGAGCAGAUCCGCAAGGGAAUCGCGAGAGCGGAGUUCGUGAAGAAAGAAGUUGAAGCACUGUAA